AUGUCUGAAGACGUAUGCGAUGGCAUCCCAUCUGAAGAAAAACCUGAACUAGUGCCCAGCAAUGAGGUAUUGCCUCACGAGUCAGUACCACACCUUGUGGAAGCUGAAAUCUUGCAUGAAACUUCACAAGAUGAACAUGGACAGGCCACUCAGAGUGCCAGGAAUGCACAAGAAAGAGAUAUAUUUAUUAAUGAAAACCCCUUGACUGAAAAAAUAACUGAAAGUCUGCCUUCCAGUGGAGAGGCAACUGAAGACAUACCCACUGAGUGCAAUGAGACGGUAAGCCUUGAUGUAGAACCUGAAUCUGAAGAAAUACUGCAUGAACAAAGCAGUCCGGCCACAGACUCCUCAUCUAAAGCAAGUCGAUGGGGAGCUUGGGGUAUCUGGGGAAAGUCUCUCCUGUCAUCAGCUUCUGCCACAGUGGGUCAUGGGAUAACAGCAGUAAAGGAAAAAGCAGGAACUACCCUAGGAAUUCAUAACGCAAGUUCAGCAUCUUCAGAAACAACAGAGCCUUCUGCAGCUGAAACACCAAUUACACAAGCAGAAGAUUCUCUGGACCAAAGCUCUUCUGAGAAUAUUCCUUCUCCAUCUGGAUCUCGUGGCGUGUUGUCAGCUAUCACUAAUGCUGUACAGAAUACAGGGAAAAGUGUAUUAUCUGGAGGCUUAGAUGCUUUGGAAUUUAUUGGGAAGACAACCAUGAAUGUCCUUGCAGAAAGCGAUCCUGGAUUUAAGAGGACGAAAACACUGAUGGCAAGAACAGUUUCUCUAUCUCAGCUGUUGCGGGAAGCUAAAGAAAAAGAGAAACAGAGGCGGGCCCAGCAAGUUACAGUUGAAAGAACAGCACAUUAUGGACUACUUUUUGAUGAGUUCCAAGGUUUGUCUCAUCUUGAAGCUCUGGAAAUCCUCUCAAAUGAAAGUGAAGCCCAGAUUCAGUCAUAUUUAGCAAGACUUGAUGGAGAACAGUUGGAGACUGUGAAAAAUGAUUUAAUUGCUAUAAAGGAGAUUUUCAUUCCAAAGGAAUCGGGUGAUGAAGUGGUACAGGCAGAGAAAGCAGAUAUGGGAGAAGAGUUUGUCAGCAUGCUCACUGAACUGCUGUUUGAAUUGCACGUUGCUGCUACUCCUGACAAACUUAAUAAGGCUAGGAAAAAAGCUCAUGAAUGGCUGGAAGAAACCAGUUUUUCCACCCCAGUAGACAUAGAAGAGAAGCUAAAAGAAAAACCUGGAGAACCUUGUGAAGAAAAAACUGAAAAAGAAGAUAAAAUUGACAGUGAUAAAAAAGAAGUAGAUAAAAACAAAACUGUGGAGGAAAUCUACAUGCUGUCCAUUGAAAGUCUGGCUGAGGUAGCUGCUCGUUGUAUUGAACAGCUUCAUAAAGUAGCAGAAUUAAUUCUACAUGGGCAGGAAGUAGAAAAAACAGCUCAAGAUCAAGCAAAAGUACUGACAAAUUUAACAAGUGCCAUGUGCAAUGAAGUUUCAUGUUUGUCAAAGAAGUUUUCCGAUUCUUUAACAGCAGCUGGGAGCAGUAUGAAGGCAGAAGUUCUUAAACCCAUCAUCGACAGUGUGCUGUUAGAGGGUUGCAACAGUACUACUUAUAUUCAGGAUGCUUUCCAGCUGUUGCUUCCAGUUCUGCAAAUUUCACAUAUCCAGACCAGUUGUUUGAAAGCACAAGAGUGA